AUGGGUAACUUGAAUCAACAUAUGCGAAUACACACUGGUGAACGCCCCUAUAUUUGCAAAAUAUGUGAUAAGGCAUUCACAGAAAUGGGUACCUUGAAUAAACAUAUGCUCAUUCACACUGGUGAAAGGUCACAUAUUUGCCAAAUAUGUAAUAAGACAUUCGCACGAUUGAGUACCUUGAAAUUGCAUAUGCUAAUUCACACUGGUGAACGUCCUCAUAUUUGCAAAAUAUGUAAAAAGGCAUUCACACAAAUGGGUAACUUGAAUCAACAUAUGCUCAUCCACACUGGUGAGAAUCCUUAUAUUUGCCAAGUUUGUGAUAAGACAUUCAGUUACUUGUGUAACUUGAAUAGACAUAUGGUCAUUCAUACCGAAGAAUGCCCCUACAAAUGCAAAAUUUGUGAUAAAGUAUUCAAACGUUCAAAAGCCCUGAAAAGGCACAUGGUUGCUCAUACCAAUAAGUAA